CACCCCCAUCCCCCUCCUGAUUGGGCCUCCUCCUUGCCAGGGCUGGAGACCAUAUAAAGGGAGGAGAGGGGAGGGGAGAAAGCGCGCGCGGGGAGGAGGAAGGGAGAGAGGCGCAAAAGGCACCCGCGCAAGGCCUCCCUCCCAUUGGCUGCGAUUCCCUUUGUGCGCCAGGCAGCUGCGAGCCUCAGCUCUCCAUUUGAAUGUAUACAGGGCACUGGGAAGGGACCAUUUCCAUGGGCCAUCUGUCUUACUCUAGCCCGCAGCAGCAGCAGCAGCAGCAGCAGCACCAACCUCUCCAGAAACAGCAGACGCCAGCACUGCCAAAACCAUCACCAUCGCCACCGAGGAGGAGAAGGAGGAGGACCGCCGCCGCCGCCACCAUCACCAUCACCACCGAGGGAUAGUUGCAGCGCCAGGGGACCACAGCAGCUGGCCAAGAUGGUUUUGGUACACGUCGGCUAUCUUGUUCUUCCAGUGUUUGGCUCUGUGCGAAACAGAGGCGCUCCUUUUCAAAGGUCUCAGCAUCCUCAUGCUACCUCCUGCCGGCACUUCCACCUGGGCCCCCAGCCUCAGAUUUCCACAGACUUUCCCCUGCCUCACGCCGUCCAGCCUCACAUGGCAACCGCGCACCAGCACGGAGGCCCCCUGCACCCGCCCCUGCCGCCUCUGCCUGCCCUGCCAUUCCAGGAAGUGACGGGACCUUCUUUCCUACCUCAGGCCCUUCACCAGCAAUACCUCCUCCAGCAGCAGCUCCUUGAGGCCCAGCACCGCAGACUCAUGCCUCAUCCCAGGUCACCAUUAAGCUCUGUGCAGGCAACUGAUCCAGGGCGGACUCAGGAGCGUAUCUCUGUCCAACCUCAUCGGUUACAUCCAAGCUUCGAAUUUGGCCAUCAACUGCAGACUCCUCAACCCAUGGGCCCCCAGCCCCGAUAUUUAGCGGAAGGAACAGACUGGGAUCUCAGCGUCGAUGCUGGCCUAACUCACAACCAGUUCCAGGUCAGGCCAGUUCCACAACAUUAUCAGCAUUACUUAGCGACACAACGAAUGCAGCAUUUCCCCCGGAACACGUCCUCAACGCAGAUGGUUGUUCAUGAAAUUAGAAACUACCCAUAUCCUCAGCUUCAGCUACUUGCUCUUCAGGGACUGAAUCCAAACAGACACACGUCCGCUGUGAGGGAAAGUUACGAAGAGCUUUUGCAACUGGAAGACAGGCUGGGCAGUGUGAACAGGGGGGCCGUCCAGAACACCAUUGAACGGUUCACUUUCCCACACAAAUACAAGAAGAGGAGACCGCAGGAAAUCAAAGCAGUAAAGGAAGAUGGGGAGGAGUCGGACACCGAUGAGAAAUGCACAAUCUGUCUCUCGAUGCUGGAAGAUGGAGAGGAUGUGAGGCGUUUACCUUGUAUGCAUCUGUUUCACCAAGUGUGUGUGGACCAGUGGCUCGCGACCAGCAAGAAAUGCCCUAUCUGCCGAGUGGACAUUGAAACACAGCUCGGGUCUGACAGCUGAGAGGAGAACCACCUCCGGGGAUGUGUCCUCUUUUCCUUUCCUUUUCUUGGUCCUUCCUGGGGCGUCGCAGCCCCUUUGCAGCAAACGUUUUGCCUUUCUGAGCCAUUUGAUUUUGUGUGUGUGUGUGAGGAAAGCCUGCAAGCACAUUCGCAGAUUAUUUUUAAAAAAUUUAAAUUAAAUUAAUUUUUAAAAAGAAGAAGAGGAAGAUGAAAAUGAGGAAGACAGAAAAGAUGAUGAUGAUGAUGAAGAAGAAGAAGAAGAGUUGGUGGUUUAUAAUAUCUAGAGGUAGGAGGAGAUCCGGGCCACCUUGUUGACUGCGAAGCAUGGGUAUACGCAGCUAGAAAGCCGGCGGGAAGAGUUGGUUGUGGGAAGGAUGGUACAUAAUGUUCCUAGUUAUGGCCUCUCAAUCCUGCUUCUCAAAAGGAUUGUAUAUAAUAUACCUCUUGAAUAAGUAGAAACACAUUAGGGGUUCUUUAGCUAUUUCUAUGGAUGGCUUCCAGAGCAUGUACGCUUAAAGAAAUGUCGUCUUUUGAUGCCCUGUCAUCUUGUGGUGGGUCUGUUGCUAUUAACCUAAUCUGCACCAAACAUCGCAUUGGGGGCUUUUGUUAUCUUUUCGUUUUUCCAUAAGGUUCCUUACUUUGGUGCCUGGCUGAAACAUUAUUGGGGGUUGGGAGGGAAUGGGGAGACACAAAGACACAAGAGUAAAGUUCUUUUCUUGCUUGGGUGAAAACAGGAAGGAAAAAGAAUCCUGUUUACGCUGGAAAAAAACAAAAGAAAUAUAUAUAUAUUUCUUUUCCCUUAGCAGCAUUUGACUCGGGAAAAGAUUGCGGUGAGGUAGGAAAUUAAAGAAAAUGAGGGAAAGUGGAAAUUGGAAGGAAAUUUGGGGGUUGGGAGAAAAGAGCGGGAAACUGUCUUUCCUGCUUAUCUGCUGGUGCUGGACAUGAUACUUAGGGCACAAGCCCAGGAUGAAUUUCGCUUCCGUCUACUGGAUCUGAACGAUGGGUCUCCCAAGGAAGGAUUAGAACAUCUCUCCACAAGCCUCAGGCUCAGCCUACUUCUCCUUCAGAAAAAUACAUAUUAUUAAUUUGACACUCUCCCUUUUGGAGCAAUGGAACCAUUUUCUGCCUCUUUUAAAAACAACAUGGCAGCCAUUUGAUUGUCAG